GACGCGAUGUCUCGGCGGACGAGCGCGCCUUUCUUCGGCAACUAGCGGAGUAAGAGAAGAGGAGGGAAAAAGGAGAGAGAGAACACACACAAACACACACAGAGUUGUGCUGAAGUGCGCCGUCGGGACAGAGCCCCGCCACCUUUCCCACGGCUGGGCGGCUGCAGCAUCCCAGCUCAGAUGGGUCCUCAGCAGAGACCGGAGGGAACCCCCGCCGUCGCGGGCAAAGUGCUUCUCUUGCUCGCUGCAUGCAUCUUGCAAGCGAGUUGCCAAGGGUGUGAGAGUGGGCAGUUCCGCUGUGGAAAUGGCCGCUGUAUUCCUGCAGACUGGAGAUGUGAUGGAGCCAGGGACUGUUCUGAUGAUACGGAUGAAGCUGGCUGCCCACGACCCACCUGUGGAGGAAGUCAGUUCCAGUGUCACAGUGAUGGAGAAUGCAUCCCUCAGUCCUGGGUAUGUGAUGAUGAGGAAGACUGCGAAGAUGGCUCUGAUGAACAUCAACAGUGCCCUGGUCGAACAUGUUCCAGUCAGCAGUUUACAUGUUCAAAUGGGCAGUGUAUCCCAAAUACAUACAGGUGUGAUCGAGUGAAGGACUGCACAGAUGGAGCAGAUGAAAGAGGCUGCCAGUACCCAACAUGUGACCAGUUAUCUUGUUCCAAUGGAGCCUGUUUUAAUGCAAGCCAGCACUGCGAUGGCAAGGUGGACUGCAGAGAUGCCUCUGAUGAAGCCAACUGUACUCACGGAUGUUCCAGUGCUCAGUUUCAGUGUGGAAAUGGAGAAUGUAUCCCCCGAGCCUUUGUUUGUGACCAUGAUGAUGACUGUGGGGACAGGAGCGAUGAAAAUUCCUGCACUUAUGCAACUUGUAAAGGGAAUUUCUACACUUGCCCAAGUGGCCGCUGUAUUCAUCAGAGCUGGAUUUGUGAUGGUGAUGAUGACUGCGAAGAUAAUGACGAUGAAAUAGGCUGUGAAAGUGGUCAUCGAGAUUGCUACCCUGGCGAAUGGGCCUGCCGUGUAUCAGGACAGUGCAUUCCAAUUGGUAAAGUGUGUGAUGGGACACCAGACUGCCCUGCUGGAGAAGAUGAAACAAACAUAACUGCAGGAAGACUCUGCAACAUAUCUCGCUGUGCAGCCUUGAGCUGCCAAUACCGCUGUCACUCUUCCCCAUCUGGAGGAACAUGCUAUUGUCCUGCAGGAUACGUAAUCAGCAGCAAUGACAGUCGCACCUGUGUUGAUUUUGACGAUUGCAAGAUGUGGGGUGUUUGUGACCAAAUGUGUGAAGACCGUGUUGGCCACCACCAGUGUCGCUGUGCAGAAGGUUAUGUCCUAGAGCAUCAUCGCCAUUGCCGAGCUAAUGUCUCAUCUGGAGUUGCCUCUGUCAUAUUUUCCAAUGGCCGUGAUUUGUUGAUUGGAGAUGUGCAUGGAAGGAGUUUUCGGACUCUGGUCCAAUCCCAGAAUCGUGGAGUUGCUGUUGGUGUCGACUUUCAUUUUCAACUACGUCGGAUAUUUUGGACAGAUACUGUGCAAGAUAAGGUGUUUUCAGUCAGCCUUGAUGGCUCUGAUGUCCAUGAAGUUUUGAAUGUUUCGGUUGACACACCUGAAAACCUAGCUGUGGACUGGAUCAACAAUAAACUCUAUAUAGUGGAGACCAGCGUCAACAGAAUUGACAUGGUGAAUUUGGAUGGAACUAACCGUGUAACUCUUAUUGCUGAGAAUUUGGGAAACCCUAGAGGAAUAGCUGUCGAUCCUACUGUUGGUUAUUUGUUUUUCUCGGAUUGGGAUAGUCUGUCUGGUGAUCCUAAAGUGGAAAGAGCCUUCAUGGAUGGGACGAACCGUCUAGACUUGGUUAAAACAAAAUUAGGUUGGCCUGCUGGAAUAACUUUGGAUAUUGUGUCAAAGAGACUUUACUGGGUGGACAGCCGUUUUGAUUACAUCGAAACUGUAACUUACGAUGGACUGCAGAGGAGAACAAUAGCUCAUGGCGGUUCAUUGAUUCCUCAUCCCUAUGGACUAAGCCUUUUUGAACAUCAUGUGUAUUUUACGGAUUGGACCAAGAUGGCAGUGAUGAAAGCAAACAAAUUUUCAGAUUCCAACCCGCAAGUGAUCUAUCAGUCUUCCUUGCGUCCUUAUGGAGUGACGAUAUAUCAUGCUCUCAGGCAACCAUACGUAAGAAAUCCCUGUGGCAGUAAUAAUGGAGGGUGCGAGCAGAUCUGUGUUCUCAGUCACAAAACAGAUAAUGAUGGUCUUGGCUAUCGCUGCAAAUGCAUGCUGGGCUUUGACUUGCACACAGAUGGACGCCGCUGCAUUGCUGUGCAACAGUUUCUGCUCUUCUCAUCACAGCUAGCUGUUCGUGGAAUCCCAUUUAAUCUUUCUACCCAGGAAGAUGUUAUCAUUCCUGUUACAGGCAGCCCUUCCUACUUUGUUGGGAUUGACUUCUAUGCUCAGGAAGACACCAUCUUCUACUCUGAUACCAUUAAGGACAUAAUUUAUAAACAAAAAACAGAUGGGACAGGCAGGGAGGUUCUUGCAGCUAACAGAGUGGAAAGCGUUGAAGAUUUGGCUUUCGAUUGGAUCUCAAAGAAUAUCUAUUGGACAGACCCUCGAUAUAGAAGCAUUAGUGUCAUGAGAUUGGCUGAUAGAUCAAGGCGAGCCAUUGUCCAGAAUUUGAACAACCCACGUUCAAUAGUAGUUCAUCCUGUCAUUGGAUACAUAUUUUGGACAGACUGGUUCCGCCCUGCUAAAAUCAUGAGAGCUUGGUGUGAUGGAUCCCAUGCUGUAUCAAUUGUGAAUACUACACUUGGCUGGCCUAAUGGCCUAGCUAUUGAUUGGAGUUCCCUCAGGCUUUAUUGGGUGGAUGCCUUUUUUGAUAAAAUUGAACACAGCACUUUUGAUGGAUUGGAUAGGAAGUCACUGGACCGCAUUAGUCAGAUGACACAUCCAUUUGGCCUGACUAUCUUUGGAGGUUAUGCAUAUUUUACUGAUUGGAGGCUUGGCGGAAUAGUUCGAGUGAGGAAGUCUGAUGGAGGAGAAAUGACUGUUAUCAGGAGGGGAAUCAGCAAUAUCAUGCACGUGAAAGCAUAUAAUGCUCAUUUUCAAACAGGCACUAAUUACUGUAACAGAGCAACAAAUCCCAAUGGAGACUGUAGCCACUUCUGCUUCCCCGUCCCGAAUUUUCAGAGGGUUUGUGGCUGCCCCUAUGGAAUGAAGCUGAGUUCUAACCAGUUGACCUGUGUUGAAGAUCCAUCCAACGAGCCCCCCACUUUACAGUGUGGUUCCUAUUCCUUCUCCUGUGGCAAUGGAAGGUGUGUACCCAGGUUCUAUCGAUGUGAUGGUGUGGAUGAUUGCCAUGAUAACAGUGAUGAGGAACACUGUGGAUCCCCAAACAAUACCUGUGCCACGUCGGCCUUUACCUGUAGAAAUGGGCAAUGUAUCCCCAGACGGUGGCGAUGUGAUAAGCAUAACGACUGCCUGGACAAUAGUGAUGAACUUCACUGCCCCACACAGGGCCCUGCCUCAUGCCCUACAGCCUUAUUCACCUGUGAUAACAAUAAGUGCAUUCCCAGAAUCUGGCUCUGUGAUACGGACAACGACUGCGGUGAUGGCUCAGAUGAAAAGAACUGCACUUUCACAGAAACCUGUGAACCUGGUCAGUUUCAGUGUCCGGAUCACAGAUGCAUUGAUCCAUUUUAUGUUUGCGAUGGUGACAAAGACUGUGUAGAUGGAGCAGAUGAACGUGAUUGCAUCUACAACUGUAGUGCCACUGAAUUUAAAUGUGCAAGUGGAGACCAGUGUAUCAGCAGUUAUUACCAAUGUGAUGGCGUCUUUGACUGCAAUGAUCAUUCAGAUGAGGCCAGAUGUCCUACAAGGCCCCCUGGAAUGUGCCACCAGAAUGAAUUCCAGUGUCAGUCAGAUGGCAGCUGCCUUCCCGCUAGUUGGGAAUGUGACGGACACCCUGAUUGUGUGGAUGGCUCAGAUGAGCAUCACAGGUGUCCACCCAGGACCUGCCCUCCUUCUCUUUUCCGCUGUGAUAAUGGAAACUGCAUCUAUCGUGCCUGGAUCUGCGACGGAGACAACGACUGCAGGGAUAUGAGUGAUGAGAGAGACUGUCCCACCCAGCCUUUCCGGUGCCCAAGCUGGCAGUGGCAAUGCCCAGGCCACAGCGUGUGUGUCAACCUGAGCAAAGUAUGUGACAAUCUUGCAGACUGCCCGAACGGAGCGGAUGAAUCUCCCCUCUGCAACCAGGAGACCUGCUCAGACAAUAACGCAGGCUGCACACAUGAAUGCAUCCAAGGCCCCUUUGGAGCCCAGUGUUCUUGUCCAUUCGGUUACCAGCUGGCCAACGAUUCCAAAACCUGUGAAGAUAUUAAUGAAUGUGACCCCCCAGGGUUUUGUAGUCAGCACUGCCACAACGAAAGAGGUUCUUCUAGGUGUUACUGUGAUGAAGGUUAUGUGUUAGAACCUAAUGGGAAGACUUGCAAAGUAGCAGAAUCUGGGCAUCUCCUGUUGGUGGCAAGCCGUAACCAGAUUGUGGUUAACAACGUAACUUCCCAUGCCCAGCGCAUUUAUUCUUUAGUUCGAGAUGGAAGGAACAUUGUUGCUCUUGAUUUUGAUUCCGUGACUGGUAGAAUAUUCUGGUCCGAUAUCACACAGGACAAGAUUUGGAGUGCAUUCCAGAAUGGGACAGAUAGAAGAGUUGUGUUUGAUAGCGGUGUCACUGUAACGGAAAGCAUAGCCGUGGACUGGGUCGGCCGCAAUCUUUAUUGGACAGACUUUGUUCUUGAAACAAUCGAAGUCUCCAGACUUGACGGGACUCACAGGACCGUGCUGAUCAGUGAAAAUGUCACAAACCCAAGGGGACUAGUGUUAGAUCCCAGGACAGACGCUCACGUGAUGUUUUGGACAGACUGGGGCCGGAACCCUCGAAUCGAAAGAGCCAGCAUGGAUGGCACAUUGCGAACCACCAUCGUCAGCAAUAAGGUCUAUUGGCCCAAUGGACUCUCCAUUGACUACCCAAACAAACUCCUGUAUUUUGCAGAUGCCUAUCUCGACUACAUUGAUUUCUGUGACUAUAAUGGAAACAACAGGCGGCAGGUGGUGGCAGGUGAUUUGGUAUUACGACAUCCGCAUGCACUUACUCUCUUUGAAGAUUUUGUAUAUUGGACAGAUCGAUACACCCAUCGAGUAAUUCGAGCCAACAAAUGGCACGGAAGGAACCAAACAGUCAUGAUUUAUAAUGUUCACCAGCCUCUCGGUAUUGUUGCAGUCCACCCUGUAAAACAGCCUGCUGGUAUCAACUUUUGUGACCAGUCCCCCUGUAGCCACCUGUGUUUGCUUUCUUCAUCGGGACCUCGCUUUUAUUCGUGUGCCUGCCCUUCUGGGUGGACUCUCUCCCCUGACCAUGUGAAUUGCAUGAGAGUUGAAGAGCCGUUCCUUAUAGCUGUAAGAGAUAACGUAAUUUAUGGUGUUUCUCUCAACCCUGAGGAGAAGACCAAUGAUGCCAUGGUUCCAAUAGCAGGAAUCCAGAAUGGAUACGAUGUUGACUUUGAUGAUUCGGAACAGAUGAUCUACUGGGUUGAAAAUCCAGGUGAAAUUCAUAGAGUGAAGUCAGAUGGCACAAAUAGGACCACAUUUGCCCCAGCAGCUGUUAUUGGUACGCCAAUCGGCCUUGCUUUAGACUGGAUAUCUGGAAACCUGUACUAUAGUAACCCUGACACACAAUCUAUAGAGGUACUGAAGCUCCACAGUGAAGUUACCUAUCGAAAAACACUGAUUACUAAUGAUGGUACUACUACAGGGUCUGGAAGACCAAUUGGUUUAACUGUGGAUCCCAUUCGAGGGAAAUUGUAUUGGACAGACCAAGGAACUGACACUGGGGUCCCGGCAAAGAUUGCCAGUGCCAACAUGGAUGGCUCAGAUGUCAGAACCCUCUUCACUGGUAAUCUAGACCGCGUAGGGUUCAUCACCCUUGACAGGAAGGAACAGAAGCUGUACUGGCUGGUCACAAGCACUGAGGUGAUUGAACGAGGCAACGUGGAUGGCACUAAUCGGAUGACUGUUGUUGCUCACCUCUCACAGCCGUGGGGAGUGGCUGUCUACGGGUCUUUCCUGUACUACACUGACCGGGAUUAUGAGGUCAUUGAGCGGGUUGACAAGUCCACAGGAGCAAACAAAGUGGUUCUGAGAGACAACGUUUCAGGGCUGAAAUGUCUCCGAGUGUAUUACCGAGACACUUCUGCCGGUUCCUCCAAUGGCUGCAGCAACAACAUUGGGAUUUGCCAACAGCUGUGCCUUCCUCUGCCCGGUGGGCUCUUCUCUUGUGCCUGUGCUACUGGCUUCCAGUUAAAUCCUGAUAACAGGACCUGCUCCCCAUACAGUUCUUUUGUCAUUGUUUCCAUGUUGACUGCAAUUAAAGGAUUUAGCUUAGAGACAUCUGAUCACUCCGAAGCAAUGGUCCCCAUGGCGGGAAGAGGAAGAAAUGCGCUACACGUGGAUGUCCAUAUGCCUUCUGGUUUCAUUUACUGGUGCGACUUCAGUAGCAGAUAUCCAACCCAAAAUGCAAUACGCAAAAUCAAGCCAGACGGCUCCUAUUUUAGAAAUGUCAUCACAAAUGGGAUAGGACUCAAUGGAAUCAGGGGCAUUGCAGUUGAUUGGGUAGCAGGUUGAAUCUAUUUUACUAAUGCCUUCCUAACGGAGACUUUUAUAGAAGUUCUGCGUUUAAAUACUACUUACCGCCGUAUACUACUCAAAACCACUGUGGAUAUGCCGAGACAUAUUGUCGUAGACCCCAAAAACAGGUAUCUCUUUUGGGCAGACUAUGGACAGAACCCCAAGAUUGAACGUGCACUUCUUGAUUGCACCAAUAGGACUGUGCUGGUGUCCGAAGGUAUUGUUACACCACGUGGCUUAGCAGUAGAUCGCAACAGCGGUUACAUUUAUUGGGUGGACGAUUCUUUAGAUAUGAUUGCAAGAAUUUCACAUGAUGGGGGGGAGCCUGAAAUUGUCCGCUACGGCAGCCGUUACCCAACUCCGUAUGGCAUUACCGUGUUUGAAAACUCUAUCAUUUGGGUGGAUAGGAAUUUGAAAAAAAUCUUUCAAGCCAGUAAAGAACCAGGGAAUACCGAACAGCCGACAGUUAUAAGAGACAACAUCAAUUGGCUGAGGGAUGUUACCGUUUACAACCACAAUGUUCAACCACGCUCACCGGCUGAUGUCAACUAUAACCCUUGUCUGGAGAACAACGGAGGCUGUUCCCACCUGUGUUUUGCACUCCCUGAUCAGCAGACACCAAAGUGUGGGUGUGCAUUUGGAUUGCUACAAAGCGAUGGCAAGAGAUGUUCCAUUUCAACAGAUAAUUAUCUGAUCUUUGCCUUGGAGAACGCCCUUAGAAGCAUGCAUCUGGAUCCUGAGAACCACAGCCCUCCAUUUCGCACAAUGAAUGUAUUGAGGACUGCAGUAGCUCUGGACUAUGACAGUGUAAACAACAUGAUCUUUUUCACUCAAAGCUCUCCAGCAGGCACAGGAAGAAUCAGUUCGGUUUCUAUCUACUCCGGAACUGGUAACCCUACUGUUGUGGCGUCAGAUUUAGGAACCCCAGAUGGCAUAGCCUUUGAUUGGAUCAACAACAGACUCUAUUACAGUGACUAUCUAAAUCAGACAAUCGGUUCCAUGGCUGUGGAUGGAUCUAAUCGAUCUGUGGUGGCCCGUGUUCCACGUCCAAGGGCCAUUGUUUUGGAUCCUUGCCAAGGGUACAUGUACUGGACUGACUGGAGUUCCAGUGCUAAGAUAGAACGUGCAACACUUGGAGGAAACUUCAGGACUGCCAUUAUAAGCACCAACUUAGUAUGGCCAAAUGGGCUUACUUUGGACUAUGAGGAACAGCAGCUUUAUUGGGCGGAUGCCAAUUUACAGAAGAUUGAGCGCAGCUCCCUUACAGGUGCAAAUCGUGAGGUUAUUAUUAGCACUGCCCUUUACCCAUUUGCGUUGACCCUGUUUGAUCAGCACAUUUACUGGACAGACUGGAAUACUCGAAGUGUUUAUCGAGCCAACAAAUAUGAUGGGUCAGAUCAGAUCGUUAUGAUUUCAAACCUGCCAUACAGACCAAUGGAUAUUCACGUUUGGGCCAAAAGCAAGCAGCGCCAGUGCAGCAAUCCUUGCAACCAAUUUAAUGGUGGCUGUAGUCACAUCUGUGUACCAGGCCCGGCUGGUGCAGAGUGUCAGUGCCCUUCUGAAGGCCGCUGGUAUUUAGCCAAUAACAACAAGCAUUGUGUUGUGGAUAAUGGCACCAGGUGUGGAGGAGGACUCUUCACCUGUCUUAAUGGUCGGUGCAUCUCUGAGCGCUGGAAAUGUGACAACGACAAUGACUGUGGAGAUGGCAGUGACGAACUGGAAAGUGUGUGCGCUUUUCAUACCUGUCAGCCAACAGCUUUCACCUGUGACAAUGGGCGGUGUGUACCCUACGCUUAUCGCUGUGAUCACUACAAUGACUGUGGAGACAACAGUGAUGAGGUGGGCUGCUUGUUCCGAACUUGUGACUCCCACACAGAAUUUACUUGCAAUAAUGGAAGGUGUAUAUCUCUUGAAUACGUCUGCAAUGGUGUAAACAACUGUUAUGAUAAUGGCACUUCAGAUGAGAGAAAUUGCCCUGAACGUACUUGUCAAUCUGGUUACACAAAAUGUCAAAGCACAAACAUAUGCAUUCCUCGGACUUAUCUUUGUGAUGGGGAUAAUGACUGUGGUGACAUGAGUGAUGAGAGCCCUACUCACUGUGUCUCACUGACCUGCUCCAGCAGUGAGUUUCGUUGCUCAUCAGGGCGUUGCAUUCCUGCCCACUGGUAUUGCGAUCAAGCUACAGACUGCGCCGACGGCUCCGACGAGCCCUCCUCUUGUGUUGUCCCCACCCGGAGUUGUUCAGGUGACCAGUUCAGGUGUGAUGAUGGCAGAUGUAUACCAGCUACAUGGAUCUGUGAUGGUGAUAACGACUGUGGUGAUAUGAGUGACGAGGACCAAAGACACAACUGUGCAAAUCGCAGCUGCUCAGCCUCCGAGUUCACUUGUGUGAAUAAUGCACCCCCGCUAAGAAGGUGUAUCCCUAGGGCCUGGGUCUGUGAUGGGGAUGCCGACUGCAGUGAUGCUUACGAUGAGCAUCAGAACUGCACAAGAAGGCCAUGCAUGGAUAAUGAGUUCACCUGUAGCAAUGGACUGUGCAUCCGGAACACAUACAGGUGUGACAGACGUAAUGACUGUGGUGACAGUAGUGAUGAGAGGGGUUGCGUCUAUCAGCCGUGCCCACAGCACCAGUUCACCUGUCAAAAUGGCCGCUGCAUCUCCAAGGCCUAUGUCUGCGAUGGGGACAAUGACUGUGGUGAUGAAUCAGAUGAGCUCGAACACCUCUGUGUCACACCAGAAGCAACCUGUUCUCCACAUUAUUUUAAAUGUGAUAAUGGGAACUGUAUUGAAAUCGUCAAAGUCUGUAACCGGAUGGAUGAUUGCCUUGAUAAUAGUGAUGAAAAAGGAUGUGGCAUUAAUGAAUGUAAUGACACUUCAGUCAGCGGCUGUGACCACAUCUGCACAGACACUCAGACUAGUUUCUACUGUUCGUGUCAUCCUGGUCACAGGCUCAUGUCCAAUAAAAGGUCUUGUGAUGACAUAGAUGAGUGCACUGAAACACCAUCAGUGUGUAGCCAGAUUUGUGAAAACACAGUUGGCUCCUAUAUCUGUAAGUGUGCACCAGGUUACAUCCGUGAGCCAGAUGGGAAAACUUGCCGGCAAAAUAGCAACAUAUCUCCCUACCUUAUAUUUAGCAACCGCUACUAUCUGAGAAAUCUCACCACAGAUGGCCAGUCAUAUUCUCUGAUUUUGCAAGGACUUGGAAAUGCAGUAGCACUGGACUUUGACAGGGUGGAAAAAAGGCUGUAUUGGAUUGAUGUGAGCAGGCGGGUCAUUGAAAGAAUGUUUUUCAAUGGGACAAACAAGGAAAUAAUAAUAAACGAUGGCGUGCCCAGUGGGGAAGGUAUUGCUGUUGACUGGGUUGGCAGAAAACUGUAUUGGGUAGAUGCUUCCAAGGAUUGCCUCUAUGUUGCUGAGCUUGAUGGCCGGUUCCGGAAAAAAUUACUCGAUCGGUGUGUGGAUCCCAACAACACCUUCUGUUUCCAAUAUCCUAGAGCCAUUGCUGUUCAUCCCAAAUAUGGGCAAGUCUACUGGACUGAUUGGGGAGAGCGAGCCUAUAUUGGACGUGUGGGAAUGGAUGGCAAGAACAAGACGGUGAUUAUCUCUACCAAGUUAGAAUGGCCUAAUGGACUCACCAUAGAUUACACCAAUGACAAGCUCUACUGGGCAGAUGCCCAUCUGAACUACAUUGAAUACUCAGAUUUGGAUGGUCAGCAGCGUCACACUGUUUAUGACGGGACAUUACCUCACCCUUUUGCAAUAACAAUUUUUGAGGACACGGUCUACUGGACUGAUUGGAAUACCAGAACAGUUGAAAAGGGAAAUAAAUACAAUGGAUCAGGCAGGACAGUUCUGGUGAACACUACCCACAGACCCUUUGAUAUCCAUGUCUAUCACCCAUACAGACAGCCAAUUGUGAGUAAUCCUUGUGGGACCAACAAUGGUGGCUGUUCCCAUUUGUGUCUAAUAAAAAGUGGUGGUUAUGGCUAUUCCUGUGCCUGCCCUGAUAACUUUAUGGUAAUUCAGUUUGGUGACACAGCUCACUGCCUCCCUAUGUGCUCCAGCACCCAGUUCCUGUGUGCAGACAGUGAAAGAUGCAUUCCCAUAUGGUGGAAAUGUGAUGGGCAAAGAGAUUGCCGGGAUGGCUCCGAUGAACCUCCAACGUGCCCUCCUAGACACUGCCUUGUCGGACAGUUCCAGUGCAACGAUGGCAACUGUACCAGCUCUCAUUACUUGUGCAACGGCCUAUCUGACUGCCCAGACAGAUCAGAUGAAGACCACAUCCUUUGUGCCAACCAUCAGUGUGAAUCUCACCAGUGGCAAUGUGCCAACAAACGAUGCAUCCCAGAGGCCUGGCAGUGUGACCGAGAGGACGACUGUGGCGAUCACUCAGAUGAGGACAGUUCACAUUGUGCCAGCAGAACUUGCCCUCCGGGCCAAUUUAAAUGCAACAAUGGCCGCUGCAUCCCCCAGUCCUGGAAAUGCGAUGUGGACGAUGACUGUGGCGAUCAGUCAGACGAACCAAUUCACGAAUGCAUGGGCCCUGCCUACCGAUGUGACAAUCACACAGAAUUUAGCUGUAGAACAAACUACCGUUGUGUCCCGUUGUGGUCCGUGUGCAAUGGUCACAAUGACUGCAGAGACAACAGUGAUGAACAAGGCUGUGAGGGCCUGACUUGUGAUCCUUUGGGAGAUUUCCGCUGUGAUAAUCACCGUUGUAUCCCUCUGCGGUGGAAGUGUGAUGGAGACAAUGACUGUGGAGAUGAAUCUGAUGAACAGAACUGCAGUCCCCGUGAGUGCACAGAAAGUGAAUACCGGUGUGACAACCUGCGCUGCAUCCCUUCUCGGUGGAUAUGUGACCAUGACAAUGACUGUGAGGACAACUCAGAUGAACGGGACUGUGAACUAAGGACCUGCCAUCCAGGUUAUUUCCAGUGCAACAGUGGGCAUUGCAUUGCAGAACGGUUCCGAUGUGAUGGAAGUGCAGAUUGUCUGGAUUUCUCUGAUGAAGCAACUUGUCCUACUCGCUAUCCUAACGGUACCUAUUGUCCACGAACAAUGUUUGAGUGCAAGAACCAUGUCUGUAUUCAGCCGUAUUGGAAAUGUGAUGGUGAUGAUGACUGCGGAGAUGGCUCGGAUGAAGAGCUUCACUUUUGCUUGGAUAUUGCCUGUGAGCCACCAUUCCGCUUUCGUUGUGGGAAUAACCGUUGCAUCUACAGCCAUGAACUUUGCAACCAGGAGGAUGAUUGUGGAGAUGGAAGUGAUGAAAAAGAAGAGAACUGCAGAGCACCUACUCCUAAACCUUGCACUGCUGAGGAAUUCAAGUGUGGCAAUGGGAAGUGCAUCCCCCUGCAUUAUGUCUGUGACAAUUAUGACGACUGUGGAGACCAUUUUGAUGAACUAGGCUGCAAUUCUGGAACAGGAAGAACUUGUGCUGAAAAUAUCUGUGAACACAACUGUACCAACUUAACUGAAGGUGGUUUUAUAUGUACCUGCAGGCCUGGAUACAGCCCCAGUGAACUCAACAGAAACACCUGUGAUGAUGUUAACGAGUGUGACAUCUUCGGAACUUGCCCACAGAUUUGUCAGAAUUCGAAAGGAAGUUAUGAAUGUUUCUGUGCAGAGGGGUUUAGACCGGUUGGAGAUCAGCAGGGCACGCAGUGUGCGGCUACUGGUAACCCACCCAUCUUACUUCUGCCUGACAAUGUCCGUAUUCGAAGGUACAACAUGUCAUCCGAACAGUAUUCUGACUAUAUUGAAAAUGAAGAGCACAUCCAAGCUUUAGACUAUCACUGGGACCCUGAGGGAGUUGGCCUCAGUAUUGUGUACUACAGCAUUCUGGGCCGUGGUUCAGAGUUUGGUUCCAUCAAACGUGCCUAUAUCCCCACCUUUGAAAGCAGCGGAAAUAAUCCUGUGAAGGACGUUGACUUGAAUCUGAGAUACCUGGUCAGUCCGUCUGGUUUAGCUGUGGACUGGGUUGGGAGGCACCUUUACUGGACGGAUGCUGGGACAAAUCGAAUAGAAGUGGCAAAGCUUGAUGGGAGAUACCGGAAAUGGCUCAUCUAUUCUUUGCUGGACCAACCUGCAGCCAUUGUGGUCAAUCCCAAACUUGGGCUCAUGUAUUGGACAGACUGGGGGAGGCAGCCCAAAAUUGAAAGUGCCUGGAUGGAUGGGCAACAGAGGCAAACGUUGGUCUUUGAGGAUCUUGGCUGGCCAACUGGGCUUUCUAUUGAUUAUUUGAAUGAUGACAGAAUCUACUGGAGUGAUGAGAAGGAAAAUCUAAUUGAGUCUAUGAAAUUUGAUGGAACAGACAGGAAGAUUGUUUUGCAAGGAGUUAACAGCCCGUAUAGCCUGGACGUCUUUGAAGGUCACUUGUACUGGAUCUCUAAAGAAAGAGGAGAAGUCUGGAGAGAAGAUAAAUUUGGAAAAGGAGAAAAAGUCAAAGUGCUGACUGUCAACCCUUGGCUUACUCAAGUCCGCAUUUAUCACCAAUACAGAUACAACCAGUCAGUCUCCAAUCCCUGCAAAGAUGUCUGCAGUCAUCUUUGCUUGUUGAGACCUGGAGGAUACUCCUGCACGUGCCCACAAGGAACUCGUUUUGUGGAAGGAAGCUCCACAUUGUGUGAUGCAGCCAUUGACCCUCCUCCAACGAUGCCUCCAGCCUGCAGAUGUAUGUAUGGAGGAACAUGCUAUAUUGAUGAAGCUGGAUUUCCUAAGUGCAAGUGUGCUUAUGGCUAUGCUGGAAAUUACUGUGAAGCGGGAAUGUCAAGGGGCGUGCCUCCCGGGACAACAGCAGUGGCUGCGUUGCUGACGGUCAUUCUGAUCAUCAUCCUUGGGGCACUGGGUGUUGGCACCUUUUUUAAUUACCGACGGACAGGCUCCCUUUUACCUUCGCUUCCCAAACUUCCAAGUUUAAGCAGUCUUGUGAAAUCUACAGAAAAUGGCAAUGGGGUGACAUUCCGAUCGGGAGCUGACGUGACCAUGGACAUAAACGUGUCCGGUUUUGGCGUGGAAUCUCCUAUUGACAGAGCAAUGCAAAUGAAUGAAAACUUUGCGGUAGAAUCUGGGAAGCAGCCAAUCACAUUUGAGAACCCCAUGUAUACCAUGAAAGACAGUGGCGCUGGGGACGUGAAUGCAGGUCCUCCCACACAAGUAGCUGCUUCUAGCAGUGAAGGAAAUGAAAGCUUUGAGAAUCCAGUCUAUGCUACACCGUUAUCUGCCAGUACUCCCCAGCCUCCGGCAAGCACAGAAAUAGCGCAGGAGUCAAAGUGGAGCAUCUUUAAAAGAAAACUAAAACAGAGUACUAACUUUGAAAAUCCCAUCUAUUCAGAGAUGGAAAAGGAGCACCGAGGAGAAGCUGAGAGUGCCCCUCCCUCAUCCCCGUCAUUGCCCCAGAAGGUUAUUCUCAAGCGAGACCAACCCUUAGCCUAUACAGCAACCGAGGAUUCAUUCAAAGACACCGCCAAUCUAGUCAAAGAGGACUCUGUUGUAUAACUAGUUCAUAUUGGGAAUUGUUAGGCACACCCAUUUGCACAUUUAUUUUUGUAAACAGAAGGAAAAAAAUGGUUCACAUCUCUUUAUAAAGAAAUAUAUUUAGCCUUUAGCUGGCGACAUCUGUGGAAAGAAACCAUGCCUUGUUGAUGUUGUUGUUUUUAUGCACGCCUCUGCCUAUUUUUAUGAGCAAUGAUCACGGUGUACUAUAUGUAUAUCUUUGCACUGACACUCUCUGAAAGUAAUGUUAUAAAUAUUCUGUACAUUUGUAAAUCUCUGGAAAAUUAUCUGGUUGUCGGAUGUUUUAGUAUGAAUCUGCUCUCCAACUGCAUCGAGAGGGAUAUAUACCCUCUAUAUAAAUGAUUAUAUGGAAUAAUAUAGAGGAGAACAUAGUGGCCAACUUGCUGAGUUACAGAAUUUAUUUUUCGGAGCGUAUAUUUAUAGGUGGCACCCUGCUAAGUGGUUACUGGUGCUUCCCUGCAACUCUGCUCUCUGUUAAUGUACCAGAGUAUGUGAAAAAUAGGUGCCUCUUUGUGCGAUACUAAGUAGAACGUAAACAACUUACAUAACUCUCUUGGGGAACUAAACAAAACAAAUGGCAGGACAUGUUUUGCUUGUACUCCUAUUUUCCCUGGUGAAAUAGAACCCUCUGGCCCUCGAUCAUCUUCUUUAUCCUAAAGGUCUGAAUGUGAAAUCAUGGUUGUCUGUGGGAAGCUAGGAUUCUUUCACCUUCAACCAAACAGCUUCUCUCUCUUUCUUUUUUCUAACCAUCAUUGGAACAUUUCUAUUCCUGGCCGAAACCUCUACAUGUCAUUUGUGUUCUGCUCAAUUGACAGCGCUCAGAUUCUCCACGUGCUUGAUUUCUGGGUCAUAGCAUAGGAAUGAUGCUGGUACAUUUUAAAACGAGCCAUUCAUCUCUGGUUUGUUAGUGUAUGUUUUUUUUUUUUCAUGUGAACAUUUUUAUUGUUAACUAUUUAUUUCCUGAGGUGGGCACUGGUAGAAAGGGAAACCAUUUUUAUUGAUACAGCCUUGUACUAUGCAUCUUUUACAUUUUGCUAUUGAAUAGCUGGUUUAGUAUAAAUUUGAGCUCUCCAAGACAACUCUCUGUGCCACUUCCAGGAAUGUUUAGUCUUAAGCUGCUGUUAAGGUUCCUGGCCUAGCUACGUAUGUAACUCCAGGCUUCUGAACUUAUAAUGAAGGAGACCUCUGCUGUUUGGGAUAAAUUUUUAUAUAUAUAGAUAUAUAUAUGUACUUGAUUUCUCAAAGUGCUAUCCUUCUUUUAAUAUGGAUUUAUUACCUUAAUAUGUACUUUAAUUAGGAAAAAAAACUGGAACGAGAUGCUGCUGAAUAAAUUUAAUGUGUGUUUUA